UACAUCACAUUCUGAAACACCAGCAGCAGUCCGGCCUCCGAGACGGUGCCUCGCCCACCAAAACAAAGCGGCUCAGCCUGUCACUGUGCCUCUGCUCCACUUAAAAUGAAGUGUUGGUGUGUUGUCGUUCACUUAUAGUGCACAGUGCUUCACCACCUACUUAUAUGGGGACCUGUGGCACAUCCCCCAACACAUCACCCCUCCUACUUUUCGAGGGGGCAGAGUCAGCCCUCGCGGGGCAGGGAAGACCCUCUGCAUGAACAUUCCUUACAUUCUUACGUCUUCCCGGAGUGGCGAUGAUCCGUGAAGCUCACGUCAGUCUACAGAGCUUCACGCUGGGCCUGGGCGUGCUGAGCUACCUGAUAGCCUCCUGUGGAGGCCUGGGUGUACUCGGCGUGUGGCUUGGGCACUACUUGUGGGCCUACUGCGGGGUGUUUUACCUGGCUGUCAACCUGCUGCUGCUGCUCGUGUAUCGCGGCGAUGACUGGCAGGUUGCUGUUCGAGGAUGCUUUCUUGGUGCCUGCUGUGGUGGUGGAAUCUUGGUCAGUGUUCUGUCUCCAACGUCCUACCACGUCUUUGGAUGGUACGUGGUUGUGCUCACCGUCUUCCAUUUCUCAGAGUACCUCACCACAGCAAUAGGCAAUCCCAAGACUCUUACUCUGGACUCCUAUCUCCUGAAUCACAGCUGGGCAUAUGGAAUUGCUGCGGUGGUCAGCUGGGCUGAGUUUUUCAUUGAGCGUUGGCUGCUCCAGGAUAUGAAGAUGAUUUGGUAUGUCAGUAUUAUUGGAAUUAUUAUCUGUCUUUGGGGUGAAAUUAUAAGAAAGUCAGCAAUGCUUACAGCCAAGACCAAUUUCAACCACAUAGUACAGGUACGACGGCAGGACGGCCACGAACUGGUGACCUGGGGCGCUUACCAACUCUUUCGACAUCCGAGCUAUGUGGGAUGGUUCUGGUGGAGCAUUGGCACCCAGUUGAUUCUUGUUAAUCCUUUUUGUACCAUUGCUUAUACUCUUGCUUCCUGGUCAUUUUUCAAUGAGAGAAUCCAUUUUGAAGAAAUGACACUCAUAAACUUCUUUGGUGAGAAAUAUUUGGAUUACCAAAAGAAGGUUGGCACAGGUCUUCCUUUCAUUAAGGGAUUCAUUCCAAAAAUACCACGAAAACAGACGUGAAUGAAAUGAAACAAAAGCACAAUUUUUCUAGAGAUGCAUACAUUGUGAUUUUGUAAAUAGGUAAAUAAUCUGAUUGAUGUCAGCAUUACAGUGGAGUGUGUGUAUGUACUGUGUUCAUAGAUCUCAGUUACCAUUUGAGCUUUAAUUAACACAGGACACACUUGAACUAGGGAUUUUACUUUAGUUCUUGUGUAAUUGAUAGGCUUUGUACCUCAAGUCUUUUAAAUGAUUUAAGAGAUAAUUAAUAUACAAAUACCAGACCAUUUGUACAGUAAGCAUAGCACUGAAAAUGAUCUUGAUUUCUUGUUUUUGUGAUUUCCUUGACCAAAUCAUAUUCACAUGGAAUAUUAAAUAAACCAUAAGAUUGUAUGUAUGUAUGUAUGUAUAUACCAGGUUGACAUUCCCAUAAAGAUAGGAAGCAGAGAUAAUGUGUCUCCAUACAUACAGUAUACUGUCACCUGCAUGAAAGAAAUGCAAGAGGUAUGUAUGUCUGUUGAGGAAGGAAGUGGUUGCACUUGAUAGGAAUGAACAGAAAGCAGUUGUGAAAUCAUGAAUGGAGACAUAACCUCAAUGGAAGGAUUUCCCACAUCUGGUCAGAUUAGUUGAUUGGUUUAGGUGGCAUCCAUCCUCAAGGGUAAAUAAGCUGUAUAGUCAUGCUUGAUUAUGGAUCUUGCCAGAUAUACUACUAACCUAUACGCAGUGAAGUAACUUUACCAUGUCUCUUAAUUAUAAGUAACACUACUUUCUUUGGUAUAGCAAGCUAAAAAAAAGAAAAAAAUAAUGAAAAGUAAAAAUAAAAAAAUUAUAUAUAUAUAUAUAUAUAUAUAUAUAUAUAUAAAGUGAAACUAGACAUAUACCAUUAUGUGCAACAGAUUCUCAUGUCAGAGCAUUGACAUGAGAAAAGGUAUGAGUUAUACUAAGUUGAAACUGGUAGUUGUCUGGUAAAGCACUGCUGGAUUUUCUUGGUGGGCAUUCAGCACUGGCUGUGUGAAGUGACGGUGCUUGUUUGUCUCCCAUCAAGGUGCUUAAGUGGUCUGGAAAUUCUAGUUUUGGAGAAUCUGGCUAUAUGGUCUGGUACCUGUAGUUUUAUUAUCUCUUUGCUUGUUUGUUUGAAUAUCUAACAUGAAAAAUAUACAUCAGGUGUUUCUAUUGGUUUAAUGUUUGUAAGUAUAUCUUCAUCUGAAAUAUUGUGCCAUACUGAACAGUAAAAUUAGUUAGUACUAACAAAGUAAAAAGCUUAUAUAAUAUACAGAAGACUCAUUUACUUGUAGCCAAGUAAAUGGGUGCCUAGUCUUGUGCUGAGGAGCUGCUCAUCAUAAAGAGGUGGCGUAAUUCUAGCAUAGUCUCGUAGUGUUGUCUAACCAAUGUACACUGUCUGACAAAAAGUUAUUGCCAUGCCAUUUUACUAAUAACAUACUAAUACUGUUCUGAUGUUUUCAUAGCAGCUUUACUACAAUGUGGUCAUGUCACCACUCAAGCCUUGUGGCAUGGAUUACCUGCAGGCAUGAUGAAGUUUCCAACAGUCUUUCAGGAUGUCAUGGCAACAUUGUCCAUUUAUUAGUAACAUUUCUAAAGUAGGAAGCACAAGCAUGACCUUCCCUUUCUUCUUAAUACAGCUCAUAUGAUUCCAUCUGCAAGCCUCUGCUGGUUCAGUCACGAAGCACUUCAAAUUAAAGGUUACAUGCAAAAUUUAUCAUCACUAAUUAGAUACUAGAGUCCUUUCCGAUGACUUGGCUUGUAAAGAUACCUUGAAAUAAAAUGAGGCAUGAAUGAGAAUUAAGCAAGCUUCAACACAUCCUACCCUUCAGGUCCCCAGGGAUACACUGAUCUCAGAAGACUGCAUUUCUCCACUAGGGCUUCAUGUGAUAGCCAGGUGUAUGAUAUAGAAAUCAAAACAGUAACAAAUAAGUUAUUAUCUUGUGGUUUGGCAACAAUUUUUUGUCAGAUACUGUAGCUCUAAUGUCAAUGUACUAAUCAUUACCUUCUAAAAAAAAUAACUCUGCAUGCCAUAGUGGUAGCUGAGGAAAACCCAACUGUCAUUGUUAUUUUGGCAAACAUUUGGGUAUUAUUUACUGAUAGGAUUACUGUGAGACAAUAUCAAGAACAUGUUAUAGAUUUUUCUUUAACAAAAGAGGUCUUCUGUGUGAAGUUUACUAAUGUCAGCACAAAGUGAAGAGCAUCUCUUACAUUACCUGCUACAUCACACUUAUGGAAAUUGAAUCACAACACUGCACUACUCAAACCCUUGAUAACAUUUCCCUUGCUGGAACAAUAAUUUUGUACUGACAUAUUUGACUUCAUCACCAUCACAGCAAUGACAUCUUCCUCUUAACAACAUUCUACACAAGAUUCUUCUUAGCACACAUCUCUGAAGAACCACUCCAUUAAGAAACCCAAGUAUGCCUCACCAGUUUGCUGUGAACACACUCCUGCUCUGAGCAGUUAUUAAUACAGAAUCCAUUUCAGACAAAAUCCAUCAUGCCCACAUUGCAGUGGUGUACCACAUGGCAUGUUAUCACCUCAGGUACCUCAGUCGCACAAGUAAAAGCUUGAUAGAGAAUCUGGGAAGCUAAAGCGGGUAGUUUACUGCAAUCCACAGGAUUCAUGAAUGCUCCAUUAAUAAGUAAUGACAUCUUAAAGCAUGUCAGUAUUAUGGAAGUGAGAUAUGAUGUACAUAUUUCAUUAUCUUCAGUGUUUAACCAACCUGGAAUAGGCAUGAGGCUAUGGUACUUCCUUGUUGGAGGAGGUUCAGUUCUUCUCUGAGCUGUAGUUUUUUAAGAUCUUGUGUUUUGAAGUGUUUUAGUUUUUGUAAGCAGUCCCCUAACCUAAGCUUAUGUCGUUUUGGAACAAUGUUGAUUUUUAUUCCUUUUCAGUAAGUUGCCUAAGUGAUUUUAUUUAACAUACCUAGAGAUCUCAAAUUCUUAUCUAGUUUAUGUGUGUAUGUAGUGUGUGAAUUGUGUAAAGAGUAAAGUGUGAAGUCAAA